AUGUCAUUCACAGGAACUUUGGACAAAUGCAAGGCUUGUGACAAAACUGUUUAUGUGGUUGAUUUGUUAACUCUUGAAGGUAUACCUUACCAUAAAAACUGCUUCAGAUGCACUCACUGCAAGGGUUAUCUUACGAUGAGUACCUAUUCCUCAAUGGAUGGUGUCCUGUAUUGCAAGACACACUUUGAACAGCUUUUCAAGGAAUCUGGAAAUUUUAGUAAGAACUUUCAAACAGCAAAGCCUUCUGAAAAAUCAAAUGAUGGGAACAAGGCUCCAAGUAGACUCUCAUCCAUGUUUAGUGGAACUCUAGACAAAUGCUCCGUUUGUGGAAAAACAGUGUAUCCACUGGAGAAGAUGUCGCUGGAAGGAGAGUGCUAUCACAAGACAUGCUUUAGGUGUGCUCAUGCAGGUUGUCCUCUGACACACUCCAACUAUGCUGCCCUUGAUGGUGUCCUGUAUUGCAAGCACCAUUUCCAGCAGCUCUUCAUGGAGAAGGGUAACUACAACCAUGUACUCCAGGCUGCUAAGGACAAAAAGGUCAAUGCCACUCCACCUUCUGAACAAGCCGAUGCUGAAGAUGGCGAGAAGCCGGAGUUUUGA